AUGAUUCAAAAAUUCUUCAUUCUAUUUCUAUUUUCACUAAUUCGAAAAGUUCAAACACACAAUUUCACAAAAUUUUCGCUUUCCUGUUUGACGAAUGAGAAUGUGAGUUAGCCUAACUCGAAAUUUCUAAAUUCCAAAAAAAUUUCUGCAGGGAACUCUUCAACACAAGGAUCAUUAUCUGGACCUCGGGAAACAUUCAGGGCGAGUUGGAAACCAGGAAAUCUGGAAGUUUGAAAAUGUUGAGUAUGAUGAGGAGGAUAUCGCGAAAUAUGGGAGACCUGUGAGUUUUCAGGCGGGGUACUGUAGGCAAAAGUGUUUGCACACAGCACACAGGAAAUUAAAAAUAUUCAAAAAAUUUCAGUCUUGCGUCACAUAUUUCCAAAAAAACGAUACUCAUCGAUAUACGUGGUUCGGGAUUAUGAGUCAAGCUGUUUUGCCGGUUGAAUGUGCACAGAGUGGUAAGAGAUGCAGAGAAGCUAGACGGCUAGGGACGCAGAGAACUCUGGCCGUUGAAGAGGAAGCUAGAGACGCAGAGAAAUCAGAGAGCUAGAGACCCAGAGAAACUGGCCGCUGACGCAGUAAUUUUUCCAAACGAUGCUCCGCGAUUACGGCAUGAAAUAUCAUGAUUUUCGUUGUUGAAAAUGGUGAAAACCAAAGAAAUGGGGUUUAACAACGACGCUCCGCGAUUACGCAAUGGAAAUGAUGGUUUUACGCUUAACUUGAACAUUUUUGCUGGCUUUUAUGCUGAAAAACCAUGAAAAUUGGGUUUUGCAACGAUACUCCGCGAUUACGCAGUGGAAAUUGGUGGUUUUACGCUUGAAAUGGUUGAAACUAGGGUUCGCAACGAUGCUCCACGUUAACGGGGUCAGAAUCAUGAAAUACUGACCCUGCGAUCGAGCGUAGCGAGUGUUAACCGCAAGCUUCCGCGUCAGCGGCACUGUCUUCCGCUUCAUCGGCCAGUUCCUCUGCGUCUCUAGCUUUCUGCGUCUCUCACUUCUACAUGAUCUCUAAUCGAGCGAAGCGAGUGUAGACCGCAAGCUUCCGCGUCAGCGGCCAUUUCCUCUGCGUCUCUAGCUCUCUAAUUUCUCUGCGUCUCUCAAUUCUACAUACUAUCUUCCAGACGUGAUGCAUUGUUUCAACAAAUACAUGCCAUUUCAAAAAUCCAAAAUCUCAAUCGCGCCCAACAUCAAAUCCAACACUUCCGUCGUAUGUUGUUGCUCAUAUGAUCAAUGCAACUACAAAAAUCCGAUUUUUCUUUCGAAAGUUCAAGAAACAUAUGCGAAUUUUCAACUUCGUGGAUUUGUUCGAUUUUUUUCGAUUUUGCUAUUUCUGGUUGCGAUUGUUGUAAUUUAUUCGUUGAUCGAGAAAAUGUUGCAUUUUGGAUAUACUAGUUUGAAAGAGUUGUUGUAAGUUGGGCUUGAGAGAGGCAGAGAAACCAGGGAGGUUAGAGACGCAGAGGGAUUAGCUGCUUUGUCCGAGAGUCAGAGGUUAGAGACCCAGAGAAACUGGCUGCUUCUCUGAACAUCUCAAGUAUCUCUAGCUUCUCUGCGUCUCUAACCUCAAAUUUUGCAACUUGCAGUUCUAGUUACUGUAGAGAAUUGACAGUAGUCCGGACUGCAAAAAAUUGAUAAAUAGUUUGCAGUUCGGAUUACUGUAUUCACAUAUGAAGAUACAAAAAACGAGUUCAACGUUUUUUUUGUUUGAAAUUUGCAGUUCGGAUUACUGUAGAAAGCGGGUCAGACGAGAGAAAUCAGAGAGCUAGAGACGCAGAGAAAUCUGUGUCGCUCAAUUCUCAUCUCUAGCUUCUCUAAAACCUCUGCGUGUCUAACUUUUCUAGCUUCUCUAAAAUCUCUGCGUCUCUAACCUCUCUAGCUUCUCUGAAAUCUCAGUGUCUCUCGCUUCUCUAUCAUCUCUGUGUCUCUAACUUUCAUAAUACCUCUAGAUUCUUUAGAACCUCUGUAUCUCUAACAUCUCUAGCUUCUCUAACCUCUCUAGCUUCUCUGCGUCUCUAGCUCUCUGAUUUGCCUCGAUUUUUCACGAAUUAGACGAAAAAUAGGUUUUUACAACGAUACUCCGGCGGUUACGGCAUGAAAAUUCAAGUCUUUAAUGCUGAAAAUGAUCGCAAGCCAUGAAAAUAGGGUUUUGCAACAAUGCUCCGCAAUUACAAGGUUGAAAUUGAUGGAUUUUUCAACGAUGCUCCGCGUUUACGGGGUCAGAACCUUCCGGAAAUCCCACGAACUUUCCAGCUCCGACAAAAUCGCCAUCGAAACAUCGGAAGAAGACGCGACUGCCGCACCCAUCGACCUCAUCCAAAUGCAAUCAUUCUCCGUGAAAAGCACUCAAUGUGAUCCGAUCGCCGAACUCGAAGAUCAACAACGUGUCGAUGCGGAAAUCGCGGAACAAGAGGAAGCGGAGAAGCGUCGACGCGCGGAAGCCGCGCAAAAAACCACACAAGGCUUGUUGCCGCCAUCGUUGCGCAAAUUGCCGACGACUGCGCGCAGCCAGAGACGCAAGUUGCCGUCGUCCAGGUGAGAGGGAUUUCCGAGUUAGCCUAACUCGUUCCCAUUUUCUUUUCCAGACGCAAGAUCAAAACCAAGACCAAAACCAUGCAAGAUGUCACAACUCAGGAGCAAACCCACAUUUCACCGCCACAUCCAAAUCCAAAGAAAGAGUAUAAACCUUGGAAAAAACGGUCGAAAGCUCCGAAACAGGAGGGAGUUAUUGGAACUGAAUCGACACAGAGUGAUGAAGUUUAUGUGAGUUUUUGAAGGGACAUUUGAAGGGACACGUGUUCCUUUAAAUAUCUUUUUUGAAGGGACAUAAAGGGGUUAUGUUCCUUUAAACAAUUACAGUAAUUUAGAGGGACACGUGUUCCUUUAAAGAAUUACUGUAAUUUGAAGAGUAUCCCAUGUUCCUUUGAAUAAUUACAGUAAUUUUAAGGCUUAACCUUCCAUGUUCUUUUAAAGAAUUACAGUUAUUCAAAGGCUUUUUAACCCAUGUUCCUUUAAAUAACUACAGUAAUUCAAAGGCUUAUCUCAUGUUCCUUUAAAUAACUACAGUAAUUAUAAGGCGUGUCCCACAUGUUCCUUUAAAUUAUUACAGGGUGCGCGCGAAAUAUGUGUGCAUGAACUUUUGGCCCUAAUAAAGCCAGAACGUGUCUGAUCACGCUGAGAUUUGGUCUCAAAUUAGCCAAACUAAUGACAAUACAAAAUCCGAAGCCGAUUUUGUAUACCUAGACCAAGUCACAUAAUUUCCUUUGGGGUAUGGUUUUAGAAUGAGUGUGGUAUGAACGCGGCUAUUUUCAAGUUCACAAGACUGUUUCAAAGUCUUAAUUUUGACUAUUAAUUGAAGUGAUCAGCAAAAAAUCUUUAUUUUACCUUCCCUGAUAGUGUUCAUAACAGAAAUCCAUAUCUGGUUCCACAAAACUUUCUGAAAAUGGUGUUUAGUGCAACCUACAAAAGUGAAGUUUUCAAAAAAAUUUCCCAAAAAGAGACAAAAAUCAAUUAUUGUCGAAAGUAAUGUUUGUAUAACCAAUAUUUCUAUCAAACUGCAGUAAUAUGAACAUAUUAUCAUAAGUCAGUCAUAAUCACGAUGAAUUAUUGACUUUUAAGUGCUCUAGAGCUUGUUUCUCAGAUUGAAUUCAGAUUUCGCCGAUUCCUCGAGAGGAAUUUUGUUGUAGGCCUGCUCGUUCUUAAAACGAUAUGAUGAACUCUAUGAAUUUAAAUAAAGUAAGCCAAUGAUGUCUAAAGACAUCCUACAAAAUCAUAUUUAAAUAACUUUUACGAAACUCGAGUUCUAAUUGGUCAAAAUCAUUAUCCGAAAAAUAGGAAGAGUGGCGUUCUUAUUUUCUCAUUUUCACAAAUUCUCUUCUGACUUCAUACAAAGCGGAUUCUAUUUUAAGUGAAGAGAUUGACUUGAAUUCUUGUAAAUGGUGUUUCUCGGAUACUUGUGACUUGUUUUGAACAAUCCAUACUCAAAUUUACUACGUGUGCCAAUAUUACUAACACUGUAUGUGAAAUUUUCGCAUGCACACAUAUUUCGCGCGCACCCUGUACAGUAAUUUGAAGGCUUAUCAACCCAUGGUCCUUUGAAGAAUUACAGUAAUUUAAAGGCUUUUCAACCCAUGUUCCUUUAAAUAAUUACGGUAAUUUAAAAGGGCUCUCAUGCUCCUUUGAAUCUCUAAUAAUUUAAAGGGAUAGAUGUUCCUUUAUCUAAUUACAGUAAUUUCAAGGCUUAUUAACGCAUGUUCCUUUAAAACUCCCAUUUUUUCAGCCAAUUCCACCUCGCCCAACUCCUCGAGUUUUACGCGACGGAAGAGUUCAAGGAAUUUCGAUGAACUAUGAUGAAAGCACAUUUUCGGAUUUGAAUUAG